AUGGGCUUCAUAUUUCAUGAGACGAUCGGAGGAACAGCCCCGCCACGCGGAGCGCCUGUAAAGUUCGUUUUUGGAGUUGGAAGAGAGGUGAAGGGAGGUAUGUAUAAUUUGGUUGUGUUUAUUUCCAAAGCUAUUCCGAAUAUUAAUGACGAUCAUGAUCAUUCUUCCACUCAUGCACAACGACGACCAGGACGAAGAACAAGGCCGCCAGAGACCAAGGCCACUAUCAAGGUGAAGGCCGUAGUCACUACUACUAUGGCCUGGAUUGUGCGACAGAGGGGUUGGAUGAGGCGGAAUGAUUGGUCCAACGCUGUCAGUAGUGGUCUUAUCGGGCGCCAUGAUCUAAAAAUGUGCCGACAGCCGUCUGAUCACGUCAACGCUGGAUAUGUUCAAGGUUUCGCACUCGAGCUCGACGCAAACAUCUACAGUGGAUCCACUGCCCUCCCGAUUGGUCCCACGACGAAGUCGCAUCACCUCUUGGACUGUGCUUUCGAGCAAUUCGAACAGAAAAUGCUUACAUGGACCUACAUCGCUUUUUCCAGUGUGUAUCGACCAAGCUUGCGCCCUUGUUGCAACGAUUAA